UUACGAGAGCGAGGCUCGGUGAUGACGUCAUUGGCUAAUUAACAUAACAGCCUCGCCCCGCACCGGUUCAGCACAGUCAACCGAGCCGUGAGUCAUUCCGGCUCUUUUUCUUCACGUUCACGGUGUUUUCCGCUUCCUGUCGAGGUUUCUCCGCUCAAGAGGUGUAGACGAAGAGUUCAGGAAAGCAAGUUUCUCUAGUCUGAAGAGAGCUGUUGUUAAGGAUGCGUGAAUACAAGUUGGUGGUUCUUGGGUCAGGUGGUGUUGGUAAGAGUGCGCUGACGGUGCAGUUCGUACAAGGUAUCUUUGUUGAGAAGUAUGAUCCCACUAUCGAGGACUGCUACCGCAAGCAAGUCGAGGUUGACGGUCAGCAAUGUAUGCUGGAGAUCUUGGACACAGCAGGCACAGAACAAUUCACCGCGAUGCGAGACUUGUACAUGAAGAACGGACAGGGCUUCGUCCUGGUUUAUUCCAUCACAGCACAGUCUACCUUCAACGACCUGCAGGACUUAAGAGAACAGAUCCUGCGAGUCAAGGAUACCGAUGACGUGCCCAUGAUCCUGGUGGGGAACAAGUGUGACCUGGAGGAUGAGCGAGUGGUGGGGAAGGACCAGGGACAGAACCUAGCCAGGCACUGGAACAACUGUGCAUUCCUGGAGACAUCAGCUAAACUCAAGAUCAACGUUAAUGAGAUUUUCUACGACCUGGUUCGACAGAUCAACCGGAAGAAUCCAGACACGAAAGUGAAGAAAAAGAAAAGCUCCAAGUGCACCCUGCUAUGAGCUGCCUGUACUACAAACACAGAUAUAAUUUGCCACAACUUCCAUUACUCUUGUUCUUGGACACCAGACCAAACUGUAUUCCUCUGGACUAUAAUGUUACCCGGACGAUAGGUCAAGAACAAUGCGACUGUAUAAGAACUUUUUUUCUUGAUUUCAUUGUAGUGAUACAGUCUUAUUGGUGGGGAGGGCUCUGAAAUAUGGACCACAAGCUUAGGCUGUGUUUUGGAGAUUUAGACACACAGGAUACAAUGGCCUUCCACAAAAUAAAGGGUGGAGCCGGGAGACAUACUAUAGCUGUAGCUUGGACUCCAUCUUUACCUUGCUGUACAGAAAAAUUGCUUGGAUAGAAAUAAGAAAAAAAGUUGUUGUGUUGAUGCUCAAUUAUGGGAACAUAAAUUUUCAUCUGUUUUUUUGUUGUUGUUUGCCUUUGGUUUUUUGACAGUGGCUGGGGUAUACCAACUGGGGAUGAUUCAGGACCUAAAAGUACAGUUUCUUCUAACCAGGGUAAUUUUGCAGUAAAGUAUUCUGUUUGACAUGGCAAUGUUUUGUCAGGUGUGAAUCAAAACCCCGUCCCUUUAAAUUCCUACUAAAAGAAAUGGCCACUGUUGGGGUAAUACUGUUGACAACUUUUAUUAGAUGCAUAAAACAUACAUACCAAAGGACUGUAUGGAAAUCAGUGUAUAUCGGGGACAAAAAGCCAGUUGACUUGAUGGUCCUACAUGUCUAUUUGAUGCCUUUGUAAAGUACUGGUAAUCAACACACAGUUCAGCAACGCCCUCUAGCAGGGCUUUGUGGUGGUGCACCUGUGAAUAAUUUCACUUAAAAUGGCAUUCUAUUGGUAUUUAGGAUCAUCAAUUCCUUUUAAUCAUCCUCCCCCAGAUGACAAGUGGUUGCUUCCUCGUUAGCGCAUCAGUGAAAAGCUAGUCCAGGGUAAAAGCAGAUAAUUUCAAGUUAAUGACGAAACAGUUCUAUUUAUUAACACGAGGACUUAUUAAUACACUUGUUCUUCACCUUUUUUGAACUGCUGUAUUAUUUAAAUCACUGUAUUGUUAUUAUAAGGUUUUUAUUAUACUUCCACAGAUAUUAAGCUAUGAUUCCUUAUUGCAUUGACUAAUUUCAAUAAUUCUGAAUUCAUUGAAACAUUCACUUUUUAUAUUUAUUCUGUUCACAGUAGCUGUAGAAUAUCAUAUAAUUUAAUAAAACUUGCAAGCAGUUGUUUUGUUCAAGAUACCAGUAAAUAUGUUUGUGAUGUAAAACCAACCUGCUCCUCUAUUGACCUCCUGAAGGUGCCUACUGUACUUGUAUUAUUAGUGAUUAAGAUAAGGCAAUAUGCUAAAAAAAAAGUUGUAAAUUUGUCUCUUUAAAGCAAUGUAGUUGUAGUACACAGAGCAAUGAUUCUGGCUCCCAACUAACCCUGCACAUGUUUGGAAGGCAAUGAAUUAAUGAUUGACAAUCUUUUUUUUGUGUUCCCAUCACAACCAGUACAUACCCCAAACCUGUGUUGAAUAUUAAAUUAAAACUCAUGUACAGCAGUUAACGAGUUAUCAAAGCUAACCAACCAUCCCAAGACAGCUUAUUAUGCAGAGUAGUACUAAAGAAAUAUCCAUCUAUUGUACACAAUUUGAGCACUGUGUUUUAGUACGUGAGCAUUAGAUAGGGCAAGCAUAAGGCACAACAACUACAUGUAUUUGGGUAGACAGCAGCACCCAAAUCACUUUGUUGAGAUAUCUUUUACAAAACCGUCACUGAUGAAAUGGGAUUAAGGUGCUUGCUUCGUACAUUUUUUUGUAAAAAAAAAGAGAAAAGUAGUGAUUUUGAGGCUGCAGUGAUAAAAAUCCUUCCAUAUUGUCUAAAGUUUAAGAAUGACCAACAGUAUAGCUGGCAGGUGGGAAAGAAAAAUUUCAGAACCAAGUCCCAAAGUUGUGGUGGCUAAUAGAAACCUUAAAAACCUGAUCCUUUUUUUAUUCCUUGGGUUGGCUAUGUGUGAUAUUACUGUACAGAUAAUGUGUUGAUAAAUUAUUUUUGUGGAAAUUCUUAGUCAAAUGGUAACCUGAGGAUAGUAGUGUUGGUGGCUUAGGUAUCACAGCUUCCUCCUGUUUUGUCUGUCACUGUGAAUGACUAAAGCUUCUCCAAGUCCAAUAAACCCAUUGUCUUAACCUGA